CAGCAGGGGGCGCCGGCGGCGGUGACCGGCCGCGAUGGCGGAGGCGCGCGUGCUGCUGCGGCUGUCGGGGCGCCCGCGGCCGGCGGGCUUCGCGCAGAGCGUGUGCGGCCUCCUGGGCGGCGGGGCCGCCGGGCCGUGGCCCACGCACUGCGGCCUGCGGCGCGGGCAGCUGCUGCUCUCGGCCGAGCCCUUCCCCGGCGCCACGGCCAGGCUCCCGCUCCAGCGCCCCGCCUUCUGCCCCUUCGCGGCCCUGGACCGGCAGCCCGCGCCGCCGGGAACCGCGCUGCCCGCGGACCGGGACGUGGACCUGGCCGUGGCCGUCGUCCUGCAGUCCAGCGACCAGGCCGUCUUGUUGACACGAAGGACACGCACCCUCCGAGUCUCCCCCAACCUCUGGGUGCCCCCAGGUGGGCACGUGGAACCUGGUGAAGCGCUGCUGGACGCAGGCCUCCGCGAGCUUUGGGAAGAGAGUGGCCUGCAGCUGCCCCCGGACCAGUUCUCGUGGGUCCCCCUGGGCUUAUGGGAGUCCGCCUACCCCCCUAGGCUGAGCUGGGGUCCCCCCAGAUACCACCACAUCGUCCUCUAUCUCCUGGUGGUCUCCCGGGAGACACAGCAGCAGCUGCAGGCCCGGAUCCAGCCGAACCCCAGCGAGGUGAGCGCCGUCCUGUGGCUGGGCCCGGACGCAGCCGCGGCGGUCGCCGUCUCAGAGGACGGGACAGAGGCGCCCAGACAGCUCUCCCAGGACCUGCCGCCCUCCGUCCUUGCCCUGGAACUGGACGAGGGCGGAGAAGCCCGGCCUCUGGCCCUGCCCAUGUCCACGCUGCUGCAGGCCACCCCGGCCACCGCGGACGGCACCGAGAGGGUCAGCACUGGGACCAAGUUCGCCCUCAGGCUCUGGCUGCAGCACUUGGGCAGAGUGACGCCCCUGCCGUGGGACACGGGAGCUCCUGUGGACCCCGGGCCUGCAAAGGAAGAACGGCACAUGGACCCCCUGCCCCCAGGCCAGGCAUCUGGAAAGCCAAGUGCAUAAUCCCCUCCCAGCCCACCUCUAGGACACACAAGAUUCAGUUUUAUCUUUAUUAUGGGUGAGAACUUUGCUACAACUUUGGGAAUACAAAGUAAAAUUACAAGAGGCCGAGGCCCUGGAGGAGGUGGCAGAGGAGACGGACAGCACGCGGGUCCUCCCCUGCAGGAAGGUGCAGUCAGCCGGCCUCAGCACGGGGCUGCGGGCUCUGGCGGCUCGGCCCCCGGCUGGUCGGUAAGGAACACUGUGAACUUAAAUACAUAAAUAGAGAACGAGGCACGGGCCAAGCCUGCUCCCGCUCCUGCUCCCACUCUGCUGGGCGUCAGGGCCAAGGCCGUCUCCUCCGGGAGAUGGACUGGGAAGGAGGAGGAGGGGAAGCCAUCUUUGGAUGUAUUUUGGUUUUCCUUGUUUAUGUACAAAAAAUCUACAACCCAAAAUAGAGUUCUCUGUCCAUGUGUC